UUCAUUAAAAUAAUAGGAAAUAAUAUAAAAAUAAUUUCAAACAGAGAAAAGUUGCAAAAAUAGUAUAAGGAGUUCUCAUAUACUCUUUAUGUGGAGUUAUCAAUUAUUUCUGUUUUGCUCAGUUGCUCAUUUGUGACCGCCAGGCAACAGCCACCAGGAACAUACCUGUAAUCAAAGAGCUCCUUUUGUUUGAGCUUACUGCAGCAAGGACACCUAUGCCGCACUGGUGUCCUGGUAUGGAGGCGGUGAGGACUCUGCACUUCCCUGGAAGGAGAGAGAAGAUGAACAUGUUCAUGGAGGCAGUGACCUUCAAGGACGUGGCUGUGGCCUUCACAGAGGACGAGCUGGGGUUACUGGACUCAGCCCAGAGAAAGCUGUACCAGGAUGUGAUGGUGGAGAACUUCCGGAACCUGGUCUCAGUAGAAGAAAACAAUCAAAGUGAGUUGAGUGCCAUUCAAGAGAGAGGAUUACACGAAGAGCUUUCCUGCUGGCAAAUCUGGCAACAAAUUGCUAACGACUUAACCAGAUGUCAAGACUCCAUGAUAAAUAAUUGUCAGCUCCACAAACAAGGUUAUUCCCCACACCAGGUUGGGUCAGAACUAUCUAUUCAAAUUUCUGAAGAUGAGAACUAUAUAUUAAAUGAGAAAGCAGGUGGUUCUGGUGAUACUGGAAAUCCAAGGUUUGCAUCUUUGAGAGCCCGAGAUUCUUGGAGAAAAAGUUCCUUGACUGAGUCACAGAAUUGUCAGAAUAGAUACCAGGAAAUUUCCACACAAAGUAAACUAUGUCGGUGUAAAGCGGAUGUUGACAGCAUUGGUCGGAUCUCAUACCACCUUGAUGAUCGAGGAGUACACAAGAAUGAAAAGUCUUAUUGCCACAAUGAUUAUAGAAAAGACAGCACGGUUUCCACAUUGGAUCAGAAUAGUAUGAUUCACACAGGACAAAAACCUUACCAGUGUAAUGAAUGUAAAAGAACCUUUACCAGCCUUUCUACCUUUGAUCUUCACCAGCAGUUACACUCAAAAGAGACAUCUCACGUGUGCAAUGAGUGUGGAAAAGGCUUCCGUUGUAGCUCAGUUCUUCAUAUUCAUCAGAGAGUUCACAUAGGAGAAAAAUGCAGUGUGUGUGAUGAGUGUGGAAAGGAAUUCCAUCAGAGCUCACAACUGCAAACUCAUCAGAAAGUCCACAGCAUAAAGAAACCAUUCACAUGUGAGGAAUGUGGGAAAGGCUUCAGUCGUCGAUCAGCACUUACCAUUCAUUGUAAAGUCCACACGGGAGAGAAACCUUACUGUGAGGAGUGUGGCAGGGCCUUCAGUCAGGCCUCCCACCUUCAAGACCAUCAGAGAGUCCACACUGGGGAGAAACCAUUCAUAUGUGAUGCAUGUGGUAAGAGCUUCAGUCGGAAUUCACACCUUCAGUCCCACCAGAGAGUCCAUACAGGAGAGAAACCGUACAAAUGUGAGGAGUGUGGGAAGGGCUUCAUUUGUAGCUCAAAUCUAUACAUUCACCAGAGAGUCCACACAGGAGAAAAACCCUACAAAUGUGAGGAAUGUGGGAAAGGCUUUAGUCGGCCUUCAAGUCUUCAGGCCCAUCAGGGAAUCCACACUGGAGAGAAGUCAUAUGUAUGUAAUGUGUGUGGUAAAGGCUUUACUCUGAGUUCAAACCUUCAGGCACAUCAGAGAGUCCACACAGGGGAGAAACCAUACAAAUGUGAGGAGUGCGGGAAGAACUUCAGGAGGAACUCCCAUUAUCAAGUUCAUCUGGUCGUCCACACAGGAGAAAAACCCUAUAAAUGUGAAGUGUGUGGGAAGGGCUUCAGUCAGAGUUCGUAUCUUCAAAUCCAUCAGAAGGCCCACAGCGUAGAGAAACCCUACAAAUGCGAGGAUUGUGGGCAGGGCUUCAAUCAGAGUUCACGACUUCAGAUCCACCAGCUGAUCCAUACUGGUGAGAAACCAUACAAAUGCGAAGAGUGUGGGAAGGGAUUCAGUCGUAGAGCAGAUCUUAAAAUUCACUGCAGAAUCCACACCGGAGAGAAACCAUACAAUUGUGAGGAGUGUGGAAAAGUCUUCAGGCAGGCCUCAAAUCUCCUGGCCCAUCAGAGAGUCCACAGUGGGGAAAAGCCAUUCAAAUGUGAGGAAUGUGGCAAGAGCUUUGGUCGGAGUUCACACCUUCAAGCCCACCAAAAAGUCCACACUGGAGAAAAGCCAUACAAAUGUGAGGAGUGUGGGAAGGGCUUUAAGUGGAGCCUGAACCUCGACAUGCAUCAGAGGGUCCACACAGGAGAGAAACCAUAUAAGUGUGGGGAGUGUGGGAAGCACUUCAGUCAGGCCUCAAGUCUUCAGCUUCAUCAGAGUGUCCACACUGGAGAGAAGCCCUACAGAUGUGACGUGUGUGGUAAAGUCUUCAGUCGGUCUUCACAGCUUCAGUAUCACAGGCGCGUUCACACAGGGGAGAAACCUUACAAGUGUGAGAUGUGUGGUAAGAGCUUCAGUUGGCGCUCCAAUCUUGUAAGUCAUCACAAAAUUCAUACUGGAGAGAAACCAUUCACAUGUGAGGAAUGUGGGAAAGGCUUCAGUCGUCGAUCAGCACUUACCAUUCAUUGUAAAGUCCACACGGGAGAGAAACCUUACACUUGUGAGGAGUGUGGCAGGGCCUUCAGUCAGGCCUCCCACCUUCAAGACCAUCAGAGAGUCCACACUGGGGAGAAACCAUUCAUAUGUGAUGCAUGUGGUAAGAGCUUCAGUCGGAAUUCACACCUUCAGUCCCACCAGAGAGUCCAUACAGGAGAGAAACCGUACAAAUGUGAGGAGUGUGGGAAGGGCUUCAUUUGUAGCUCAAAUCUAUACAUUCACCAGAGAGUCCACACAGGAGAAAAACCCUACAAAUGUGAGGAAUGUGGGAAAGGCUUUAGUCGGCCUUCAAGUCUUCAGGCCCAUCAGGGAAUCCACACUGGAGAGAAGUCAUAUGUAUGUAAUGUGUGUGGUAAAGGCUUUACUCUGAGUUCAAACCUUCAGGCACAUCAGAGAGUCCACACAGGGGAGAAACCAUACAAAUGUGAGGAGUGCGGGAAGAACUUCAGGAGGAACUCCCAUUAUCAAGUUCAUCUGGUCGUCCACACAGGAGAAAAACCCUAUAAAUGUGAAGUGUGUGGGAAGGGCUUCAGUCAGAGUUCGUAUCUUCAAAUCCAUCAGAAGGCCCACAGCGUAGAGAAACCCUACAAAUGCGAGGAUUGUGGGCAGGGCUUCAAUCAGAGUUCACGACUUCAGAUCCACCAGCUGAUCCAUACUGGUGAGAAACCAUACAAAUGCGAAGAGUGUGGGAAGGGAUUCAGUCGUAGAGCAGAUCUUAAAAUUCACUGCAGAAUCCACACCGGAGAGAAACCAUACAAUUGUGAGGAGUGUGGAAAAGUCUUCAGGCAGGCCUCAAAUCUCCUGGCCCAUCAGAGAGUCCACAGUGGGGAAAAGCCAUUCAAAUGUGAGGAAUGUGGCAAGAGCUUUGGUCGGAGUUCACACCUUCAAGCCCACCAAAAAGUCCACACUGGAGAAAAGCCAUACAAAUGUGAGGAGUGUGGGAAGGGCUUUAAGUGGAGCCUGAACCUCGACAUGCAUCAGAGGGUCCACACAGGAGAGAAACCAUAUAAGUGUGGGGAGUGUGGGAAGCACUUCAGUCAGGCCUCAAGUCUUCAGCUUCAUCAGAGUGUCCACACUGGAGAGAAGCCCUACAGAUGUGAUGUGUGUGGUAAAGUCUUCAGUCGGUCUUCACAACUGCAGUCUCAUCAGAGAGUCCACACAGGGGAGAAACCUUACAAGUGUGAGAUGUGUGGUAAGAGCUUCAGUUGGCGCUCCAAUCUAACAAUUCAUCAAAGAAUCCAUGCUGGUGAUAAAUCCUAUAAAAGUCAUAGGGGUGGUAAGACCAUCAGAGAUUCAACUUAGGAGAAAAGUUCUAUAAAAUGAUUUUUUAAAAA